CAUAUGCGCAGGUAUGUGAAUGGAGUAUAAUCCUUGCGAACCUUGAUCACAGACAUAUAUAUCCGGGUCUCUGGGCAAUGUGAAUCUAUUUCUUAUAGCCUAAUCCAGUAAGCCAAAGAGGGAUUGAUUCCCAUCGAACGAAUAUCUCUUUCCCUGAAUCAUGCAUCUCAAGUUAGCGUUGCCUCUCUUCCUCGCCGUUGCUGAGGCCUGGACUCCCCAGUCCAGAGCGGCGGCAAAAGCCAACGGCGAGAAGAUUACCGAGCGAUGGCUUCCAAAUGAUGAUAAAAUCCGCGGCGUCAAUCUCGGCUCGCAGUUCAUAAUCGAACGAUGGAUGGCUGAAGAAUCGUGGAAGAACAUGGGCUGCAGUGCUUACAACGACGAAUGGGCAUGCGUCAAAGGCAUCGGUCAGGACAAAGCCAACGCCGCCUUCAAGAAACACUGGGAGACUUGGAUCACAGAAGAUGACAUCAAGCAGAUUGCAAGUCUUGGUCUCAAUGCCGUUCGCAUCCCUGUUGGAUACUGGAUGUACGAGGAUAUCAUCCAGAAAGGCGAAUACUGGCCCCGCGGCGGCAUCUGGCAUCUUGACCGAAUUGUCGGAUGGUGCAAGAAGCAUGGCAUUUAUGCGGUUAUUGGACUCCACUCUGCUCCUGGUAUUAGCUCGCCGAACGAACAGUUCACCGGCCAUUCCAUCCCCAAUCCUGGAUUCUAUACUGCCGAGAACUAUGAACGAGCCUUCAAGUUUCUCGAGUGGAUGACCAAGCGCAUCCAUACUAAUGGGAACUACACUACUGUUGGCAUGCUCGAGGUCCUGAACGAGCCCGUACGCGCUGGCAAGUGGAAGGCUGAGGCAGAUGACAUGAUCAAGAAUUACUACCCUGGUGCAUACAAGCGCAUCCAGGCCAUGGAGGGUUACCUCAAGGUUCCCAAAGCCGAUCGCUUACACAUCCAAUACAUGGGCAAAAGUUGGGGUGCAGGCGACCCAAGACAAUACCUCCCAGACGACGAUCUCAUCUUCUUCGAUGCCCACCGCUAUCUAUCCUUCGACAACAGAAUCGCCGGUAAUAAGAAAGCAUAUAUCCAAACCGCCUGCAAAGACAACAUGGGCCAGCACGUUUUUGUUGGUGAAUGGUCCCUAUCCGUGAACUCAACUUUGAAGAACACAGAUGAGUUCAAGAUUGAAGGCCAAGAAACAUGGUACAAGGCUUACUGGGCCGCUCAAGCUGAGUCUUUUGAGAAAUCAGAUGGAUGGUUCUUCUGGUCUUGGAAGUGUGACGGAGAUCUUGGCAAGAAGGAUUGGAGAUGGUGUUAUCAAGCUGCUGUUGCUGCCGGUGUUAUUCCCAAGGACGCUAUCGAAUCUCUCUUCACCUAUUUGCUCUCUUGUAUCAACGCUAUGGCCGAUCGCUACGUCACCAUUCACGAGUCCCCCAACGGGCCAGGAGACUCACGACCAACAGCUAUCCAGAUCAUCAAGGAUGAAGGCCUGGAAGGAAAACUGAGCGAUCAAACCGUCUUCAUCACCGGCUGUUCUGCGGGAAUCGGCAUUGAGACCGCGAAAGCGCUGCAUCUCACUGGCGCAACUCUAUAUCUAACGGCUCGAGACCUCGAAAAGGCAAAGUCAGCCUUAGGUGAUCUUGCUGAAAAUGAGCGUGUUCAUCUUCUCGAACUUGAUCUGGAGUCGCUCGAGAGUGUUCGAUCAUGCGCUGCCAAGUUCUUAUCCGAGAGUCCGAAACUCAAUAUCCUUAUCUGCAACGCUGGGGUCAUGUGUACACCAGAAGGACGUACGAAAGAGGGCUUCGAAACACAAUUCGGGACAAAUCAUCUUGCUCAUUUCCUUUUGUUCCAACUCCUUCAACCCUCCCUGGCCAAAGGUGCUACCUCUGAUCGUGCAUCGCGAGUCAUCAUGCUGAGCUCACUUGCCCAUCGUUUCGGCGAAGUGGACUUUGACAACGUCAACAUGGAGGGCUGCUACGAUCCCAACAAGGCGUAUUCUCAAAGCAAGACUGCCAACCUCUGGACAGCUAACGAGAUUGAACGGAGAUAUGCCAGUGAGGGUAUCCAUGCGUGGAGUGUCCAGCCAGGUGGUGUCCUCACAGAUCUGGGCAGACAUUUAUCUGAGGAACAAAAGAGCGGCCUCGCAGUGGAUCCAUAUCUCAAGACAAUUUGGAAGCUUCCAGAUCAAGGUGCUGCUACAAGUGUUUGGGCAGCUGUCGCUCAGGCUUUGGAAGGUCAAGGUGGGAAGUACCUCGAGGACUGUCAAAUCGUCGGGAAGUGGGAUCCUUCCACUCCGCUUUAUGCAAGAGGAUACGGGGAGCAUGCAUGCGAUACUGAAAAGGCGGCAAGAUUAUGGAAUAAGUCUCUGGAGUGGAUUCCGUUCUGCCGAAGUAUCCUCACCUCUCGAGUCAAGGAAAGCAGUCAUGUCUAUGCUGAGGCUAUCCAAAGCCUGAUCGCGGUAAAGUUGCAUCUCACCAUCUCGUAA